CCAUUCCAUACUGCUUCUACCCCUCCAACCCCUCCUCAUCUUGAAACUUCCCAAAACUCUCACCCUGCUCAGUCGAGACAAGCUACCCCGCAUUCCACUCUCCGUAUUAUCCCCGAGCCUGGAACAAAAUCCUAAGCUUCCGCUCUCGAUUUCUCAAUUUAUAAACACAAUCAACAUCACCACCAAAAGCAUAAUUCAAAUCAGACAAAAUGGUAUUACUCACUCGUUCAAUCUGCCGUCUCGCGCGUCCUGCCUUCACAUCCUCCCUCCACACAGCCGCAAGACCGUUAGCAACCUCUCAUGUGCUGUCGCGGGGAGCUCUGGCAUUACGGCACAACAAUCUUGGAAGUAUUAGAACGCUGACGGGGAAACGUGAAAAGGUCAAGGUACUACUUGUAUUGUACGACGGCAAGAAGCACGCCCAGGAAGUCCCAGAACUCCUAGGCACAACAGAGAAUGAGCUCGGUAUCCGCAAGUGGCUCGAGGACCAAGGACACACUCUCGUCACUACUUCAGACAAGGAGGGCGAGAACUCCAAGUUCGACCAAGAGCUCGUAGACGCCGAGAUCAUCAUCACCACACCAUUCCACCCUGGCUACCUCACUGCUGAGCGUUUGGCAAAGGCCAAGAAGCUGAAGAUUGCCAUCACUGCUGGUAUUGGAUCCGAUCACGUCGAUCUGAACGCAGCAAACAAGACCAAUGGCGGAAUCACUGUUGCCGAAGUCACUGGCUCAAACGUCGUUUCAGUCGCUGAGCACGUUGUUAUGACCAUCCUCGUCCUUGUCCGCAACUUUGUCCCCGCACACGAGCAAAUCCAAGCUGGUGAGUGGGAUGUUGCUGCCGCUGCCAAGAACGAGUUCGAUCUCGAGGGCAAGGUUGUUGGUACCGUUGCUGUUGGUCGUAUUGGUGAGCGUGUCUUGAGACGUCUCAAGCCAUUCGACUGCAAGGAGCUCCUCUACUUCGAUUACCAACCACUAAAGCCUGAGAUUGAGAAGGAGAUUGGAUGCAGACGUGUUGAGAACCUCGAGGAGAUGUUGGCACAGUGUGAUGUUGUCACUAUCAACUGCCCACUUCACGAGAAGACUCGUGGUCUCUUCAACAAGGAGUUGAUCUCCAAGAUGAAGCCAGGAUCAUGGCUCGUCAACACUGCCCGUGGUGCUAUCGUCGUCAAGGAGGACGUUGCAGAUGCUCUCAAGUCCGGCCACCUCCGCGGUUACGGAGGAGACGUUUGGUUCCCUCAGCCAGCACCAAAGGAUCACCCACUCAGAUACGCAAAGAACCCAUUCGGCGGUGGAAACGCAAUGGUUCCCCACAUGUCCGGUACCUCCCUCGAUGCUCAGAAGAGAUACGCAGAUGGCACCAAGGCUAUCCUGGAAAGCUACCUGAGCGGAAAGCACGAUUACAGACCACAGGAUUUGAUUGUAAAGGAUGGUGAUUAUGCUACCAAGGCUUAUGGUGAGCGUGCGAACAAGAAGUAAAGCGUUUGAUUGGUGCAUCUAGGCAUGGGUUUCUCCUUCAUACCUCAUCGGUAGGCUGUAUUUAGCAAGGGGCUUUUUCCUUAACGAUAUAAAAUGAAUCAAUAUUAGCAUUAUAUUACUCGGGA